AUGGGAAAUAAGGAACAUACGAUAGAUAUACGGCUAUGGUUAGCCGCCUUGGCCUUAGCCUUUUAUCUUGGUCGAAUGAUGGAUCAUCACAAGCACAACAAUGACGGCUCCUCAUUGACAUCAUCACCACCACCACCACCAAUCACCGCAGCAACCAUGAGAACAACAACAACAAUCAAUGUAGCAGAACCAUCUAGUCAACACUUUUCAUUGGAUUUCAAGGGUGCCAGCACCGAGUUUCUACAAUCCAAAGAUGAGUUGAUCCAAGCCAUUUCCAAUGCUUCCAAGUUACUAAACAAUAUGGAAGUCAAGAGCGUCAGAUGUCAGGAUUUGUUGAUGCCUUCUAGUAAUACCGUCAUUACGUGUCUAGCCGUGUUGGACCAAGGUCAAAUAUCGAUUCAAGCAUGGCCCCAACAAAAUGUUCUCUCGGUGGAUGUCAUUCAAUAUGGUUCCGCAUCCAUUCUUCCGGCAGUGUCCAUGCUCCAAGCUGUUUUUGGUGUGAAUACUACUGACAAGAAUGAUGAUGCUGUCUCUUUUUGGUCCUUGGAUUAUCGGGGCCAAGAUUCCCUGGACAAUCGCCAUGUGGAAUCCUAUUGGGAAGUGACCAAUACCAUGAUUUCCAAAGUCAAGGACGUGGUAUUAC